AUGAAGAAGAAGAGCCUGCGUCUCCCUGGCUGUCUCUGGGCCUGGACCCUCCUUCUGGGCACACUGGCUGGAAGAAGCUAUGGACAAUCCUCAUCAACACAAGAUGAACUUAAAGACAAUACCACUGUCUUUACGAGGAUUUUGGACCGACUCCUAGAUGGUUAUGACAAUCGCCUAAGACCAGGAUUGGGAGAGCGCGUAACUGAAGUGAAGACUGACAUCUUCGUCACCAGUUUCGGACCCGUUUCGGACCAUGAUAUGGAAUAUACUAUAGAUGUAUUUUUCCGUCAAAGCUGGAAGGAUGAAAGGUUAAAAUUUAAAGGACCCAUGACUGUUCUCCGGUUAAAUAACCUAAUGGCAAGCAAGAUUUGGACUCCAGAUACCUUUUUUCACAAUGGAAAGAAGUCAGUGGCACACAACAUGACCAUGCCCAACAAACUCCUGAGGAUCACGGAGGAUGGUACCUUGCUAUACACCAUGAGGCUGACAGUGAGAGCUGAAUGCCCAAUGCAUCUGGAAGACUUCCCUAUGGAUGCCCAUGCCUGCCCACUGAAAUUUGGAAGCUAUGCUUAUACCAGGGCAGAGGUUGUUUAUGAGUGGACCAGGGAGCCAGCACGCUCAGUGGUGGUAGCAGAAGAUGGGUCACGCCUCAACCAGUACGACCUUCUUGGACAAACCGUAGACUCUGGAAUUGUUCAGUCCAGCACAGGAGAAUAUGUUGUGAUGACCACUCAUUUCCACCUGAAAAGAAAGAUUGGCUAUUUUGUUAUUCAAACAUACCUGCCAUGUAUAAUGACCGUCAUUCUGUCCCAAGUCUCCUUCUGGCUCAACAGAGAGUCUGUACCGGCAAGGACUGUCUUUGGAGUAACAACUGUGCUCACCAUGACAACUUUGAGCAUCAGUGCCAGGAAUUCGCUCCCGAAGGUGGCUUAUGCAACUGCUAUGGAUUGGUUUAUCGCAGUGUGCUAUGCCUUUGUGUUCUCUGCUCUGAUUGAGUUCGCCACCGUAAACUAUUUCACCAAGAGAGGUUAUGCUUGGGAUGGCAAAAGCGUGGUUCCAGAAAAGCCAAAGAAAGUGAAGGAUCCUCUUAUGAAGAAAAACAACACUUACGCUCCGACAGCAACCAGCUACACCCCUAACAUGGCCAGGGGUGACCCUGGCUUAGCCACCAUCUCUAAAAGUGCGACCAUUGAACCGAAAGAAGUCAAGCCAGAAGUCAAACCUCCAGAACCCAAGAAAACCUUUAACAGCGUCAGCAAAAUUGACCGCCUGUCAAGAAUAGCCUUCCCGCUGCUAUUUGGAAUCUUCAACUUGGUUUACUGGGCUACCUAUUUAAACAGAGAGCCUCAGCUCAAAGCCCCCACCCCACAUAAGUAG